AUGAAGCUGGCAUACCUUGUCCUUGGUACCACAGUCCUCCUCCUUCUGGGUGGCUGUGACUCUGUCCUCAGCACCUCCAAUGGGAACCUGCAUACCUUUGUGGGCUGUGCUGUGAGGGAGUUCACAUUCCUAGCUAAGAAGCCGGGCUGCAGAAAGCUUCGGAUCACCACUGAUGCCUGCUGGGGCCGCUGUGAGACCUGGGAGAAACCAGUCCUGGAGCCUCCCUACAUUGAAGCCCAUCACCGGGUCUGUACCUACAACGAGACGAAGCAGGUGAUUGUCAAGCUGCCUAACUGUGCUCCUGGCGUCGACCCCUUCUACAUCUACCCGAUGGCUGUCCGCUGUGACUGUGGGGCGUGUUCGACGGCCACCACUGAGUGUGAGACCAUCUGA